GGGAGGCGGGGCGGCGGGGCCCGGGCUGGGCAGCGCGCGGCGCUGAGGAGGUGGCCGCGGGCCUCGGACGAGCGGAGCGCGGUUCCCGGAGCCCCCUCCUCUAGCCGGGGCCGCGGACGCCGGCGAGCGCGGGGACUUCCAGGAGCCCUGAGGAGGCGCCGGUCGAGGACCAUGGCCGAGCCCCUUAAAGAAGAGGAUGGCGAGGACGGCUCUGGGGAGCCCCCCGGGUCGGUGAAGGCUGAACCCGUCCACACCGCCGCCUCUGUCGCCGCCAAGAACCUGGCCCUGCUCAAGGCCCGCUCCUUCGACGUGACCUUCGACGUGGGCGACGAGUACGAGAUCAUUGAGACGAUCGGCAACGGCGCCUACGGGGUGGUGUCGUCCGCCCGCCGCCGCCUCACCGGCCAGCAGGUAGCCAUCAAGAAGAUCCCUAAUGCUUUCGACGUGGUGACCAAUGCCAAACGGACCCUCAGGGAGCUGAAGAUCCUCAAACACUUCAAACACGACAACAUCAUUGCCAUCAAGGAUAUCCUGAGGCCCACAGUGCCCUAUGGCGAGUUCAAAUCCGUCUACGUGGUGCUAGACCUGAUGGAGAGUGACCUGCACCAGAUCAUCCACUCCUCGCAGCCACUCACGCUGGAGCACGUGCGCUACUUCCUCUACCAGCUGCUGCGGGGCCUCAAGUACAUGCACUCGGCCCAGGUCAUCCACCGCGACCUCAAGCCCUCCAACCUGCUGGUGAACGAGAACUGCGAGCUCAAGAUCGGGGACUUUGGUAUGGCCCGUGGCCUGUGCACAUCUCCCGCCGAGCACCAGUACUUCAUGACCGAGUACGUGGCCACCCGCUGGUACCGGGCCCCCGAGCUCAUGCUCUCCCUGCAUGAGUACACCCAGGCUAUCGACCUCUGGUCCGUGGGCUGCAUCUUUGGCGAGAUGCUGGCCCGGCGCCAGCUCUUCCCAGGCAAAAACUAUGUGCAUCAGCUACAGCUGAUCAUGACGGUGCUGGGCACCCCGUCGCCGGCCGUGGUUCAGGCUGUGGGGGCCGAGAGGGUGCGGGCCUAUAUCCAGAGCCUGCCGCCGCGCCAGCCUGUGCCCUGGGAGACCGUGUACCCGGGUGCUGACCGCCAGGCCCUCUCCCUGCUGGGCCGCAUGCUGCGUUUCGAGCCCAGUGCCCGCAUCUCGGCCGCCGCCGCCCUGCGCCAUCCCUUCCUGGCCAAGUACCAUGACCCUGAUGAUGAGCCUGACUGUGCCCCGCCCUUUGACUUUGCCUUUGACCGUGAGGCCCUCACCCGGGAGCGCAUUAAGGAGGCCAUUGUGGCUGAGAUCGAGGACUUCCAUGCCCGGCGAGAGGGCAUCCGCCAGCAGAUCCGUUUCCAGCCUUCCCUGCAGCCUGUGGCCAGCGAGCCUGGCUGCCCAGAUGUUGAGAUGCCCAGUCCCUGGGCACCCAGCGGGGACUGUGCCAUGGAGUCGCCCCCACCCGUCCCGCCGCCGGGCCCUGGCCCUGCACCUGACACCAUUGAUCUGACCCUGCAGCCACCCCCAGCAGCCAGCGAACCCGCCCCACCGAAGAGAGAGGGCGCCAUCUCAGACAACACCAAGGCCGCCCUCAAAGCCGCCCUGCUCAAGUCCCUGCGGAGCCGCCUCCGAGAUGGGCCCAGCGUCCCCCUGGAAGCUCCUGAGCCUCGGAAGCCCGUGACAGCCCAGGAGCGCCAGCGGGAGCGGGAGGAGAAGCGGCGGCGGCGGCAGGAGCGUGCCAAGGAGCGGGAGAAGCGGCGGCAGGAGCGGGAACGGAAGGAGCGGGCUGUGGGGGCCCUCGGGGGCCCCUCGACUGACCCUCUGGCCGGGCUGGUGCUCACUGACAAUGACCGCAGCCUGCUGGAGCGCUGGACUCGCAUGGCCCGGCCCCCGGCCACGGUCCCUGCCCCAGCACCCACUGUGGUCCCAGCCCCUGCUCCCGCACCAACGCCUCCCCCGGCCCAGCCUGCCAGUCCUCCUCCUGGCCCUGUAGCCCAGCCUGCUGGCCCCCCGCUGCAGCCCUCAAGCGCCAGCCCCGCUCCUGUCCCCCAGCCUGCCUGCCCACCCCCUGGCCCUGGUCCCCACCCUGCUGGCCCUCCUGUGCCUGUCCCUGUCCCAACUCCACUCCAGACUGCCACCUCCAGCAGCCUCCUGGCCCCCCAGUCAAUUGUGCCACCCGCUGGGUUGCCAGGCCCCAGUGCCCCAGGAGUUCUGCCUUACUUCCCAGCCGGCCCUCCCCCUCCAGACCCCCGGGCUGCCCCUCCACCUUCUACAUCAGAGUCGCCCGACGUCAACCUAGUGACCCAGCAGCUGUCCAAGUCGCAGGUGGAGGACCCUCUGCCCCCCGUGUUCUCAGGCACUCCAAAGGGCAGUGGGGCCGGCUACGGUGUUGGCUUUGACCUGGAGGAAUUCUUAAACCAGUCUUUUGACAUGGGUGUGGCUGACGGGCCCCAGGACGGCCAGGCGGACUCGGCCUCACUGUCGGCCUCCUUGCUCGCGGACUGGCUGGAGGGCCACGGCAUAAACCCUGCCGACAUUGAGUCCCUGCAGCGGGAGAUCCAGAUGGACUCCCCGAUGCUGCUGGCUGACCUGGCUGACCUCCAGGAGCCCUGAGCCCGCGCGCUGGGCCUUGCUGCGGGGCAGACCCAGCUCCAGGGCCGUGGCCCUGGCCCAGCAGGUGGGGCUCCGCUUGGAUCAAUUCUGCAGGUUCAUCUCAGACCCACCCUCAGCCUUAAGCCGCCACUUGAGCCACCACCGAGCCAUAACUGGAUCAUGAAACCCCGGCUCCCUCUGAGUGAUCCUUUUCAGUAUUGUAUUUUUAUUAUUAUUAUUGUUGUCGUCAUUAUUAUUAUGUUAUUGCAGUCUUUUUGCUGUCAAAGUGAGGCCUGUGAAAUAGAAGGUUACC